AUGGAAUCCCACGAGUACUACCCAGAGAAGACUCCCAAAAACCUCAGUCCGCUGGCAGAGUCCGUCUCUGAUCCUUUUUCGACUCAGUCCGAGGAUGGAAAUGAUGCCAACUUGCCCCCCGUUGAUCGGGGAUUUCACGCAUGGAUGUUCUUGAUAUCCGCCUUUAUCAUUGAAGGCAUCGUCUGGGGAUAUUCCUCCUCCUAUGGUGUAUUCCAAAACUACUACGAAACGCAUGAGCCAUUCCAGACCUCAGGGAACAUCGCGGUGGUAGGAACCUGUGCUACAGGCCUGCCGUAUCUUCUCACUCCCAUCGUCAUUGCACUGGUCAUCUUAUUUCCUCGUGUCCAAUGCUAUUUCUCAACUGUCGGGCAUAUUAUCAUGUGUGUGGCAUUAGCCGCUGCCUCGUUCUCCAAAGACACCACACACCUGAUCCUGUCGCAGGGCGUAGCAUUCGGCAUCGGUGGCUGUCUUGCCUUUACGCCGGCUAUUGUGUUUAUGAAUGAGUGGUUCGUCGAACGGAAAGGAUUUGCCUUCGGUGUUGUCUGGGGUGGCUCUGGCCUCACCGGCAUCAUCCUCCCCAUCGUCCUCCAAGCCCUCCUAUCCCAGUAUGGAUGGCAAACAACCCUCCGCGCCUCCUCCGUCGGUGUCUUCAUCCUCGGCCUGCCCUUUCUCUUCUUCCUCAAGCCCCGAAACCCUACCCGCACCUCCUCCCUCAGCAGCCUCAACAUGAAGUUCCAGCUCAAUUUCGUCUACAUCGUCUACCAACUCGGCAACACCAUCGAGGCAAUCGGCUACUUCCUCCCCGCGAUCUUCAUGCCCUCGCACGCCCGCAGAAUGGGCCACAAUGGCUUCCUCGUCUCCGUCCCAGUCGUGCUCUUCAACCUGACUACCAUCAUCGGGUGUGCGAUUAUGGGCAAGAUGACGGACCGAUACCACGUGUCGAACUGUAUCCUCAUGUCGACGGUGGGCGCCAUCACCUCCAUCUUUCUGAUUUGGGGUCUCGCUACGUCUCUCGCGCCGCUGUAUAUAUUCUCCAUCAUGUAUGGGUUAUUUGCGGGAGGGUUCUCCUCGACAUGGUCUGCCGUUGCGCGUGAGAUUAACAAAAAUGAACCAUCAGCAGAUACAAACAUGGUCAUCGCAUUUAUGGAAACCGGCCGAGGAAUCGGGUUCGUCCUCAGCGGGCCGUUGAGCGGUGUUCUCCUCAAGGGGGAUCCAUGGAAGGGGACAGUCGGGGGCGCCUAUGGCAGUGGCUAUGGGCCCAUGAUCACCUUUACUGGCUUCACGGCCCUUAUGGGUGGAUUAUGUGUUGUUGCCAGGGCAUUCAAGAUGGUGUAA